UUCUCAGGACGGACAAAAGGUACACACGAAGAGUUUGCAGGUACAAGCGGAAGUCCAGAGCACGUCGUGAAAACAUUGAGAGGAAGGUAGACCAGUACACUGACUGAGUUUAAUCCAAAGUUAUUGCUACGACUUUCCUAUAGGCAAUAGGCUCUUACCAGUUUGGACAACUCCGGAGAUGACUCCAGUAUUUUCAUUCCUCUUUUUUAUGGAGGCUGAUGCUGCCCUGUGUGUGUUUCUCCAGUAGCAUUUUCAGCCUCCUUCAGUCUAUGUUUGGUUGUGAUGGAGGUAAAGUUGCACCGACUGCUGCUGUUUGCUGGCUGCAUGAACUCUUCCAGGAUGGCAUCUGUUAGAAAACGAGUUUUCAGCUCCUUCUGCCCACGAUUUGCUGAGAGUCAAACUCUGAUCCUCUUCAAUGGUCCCACAGUUACACACCAGCUGGGACAAGCUGGUAGUAGAAAGGCGGGCUUGCUCAGCAGGAGCUGUGGGGAUAUUGACUCUACUUCCACAUGUUAUCAGAGGCCAGUGUUACUAAGAAGUCUGCAUAGGGGGUGUCAGUCUGCUGGGCCCACGAAGGACAUCCUGCUGCGAGGAGGAGCAGCCUGGCCUGUGUCCUCUGCGCGCAGCCGAGUGACUGACGCCCCUCUGUCCACUGUGUCUCCAACUUUCAAUGUGAUGAAAUUUGAUCUGGAGGGAAAUGUGACAUCAUUCGAAAAGAAGAAGACAGAACUUUGCCAGGAGCUUCAGCUUCAGGCCAGAGACCUUCGCUUCCAACACAGCACCAGCUUCAGCACCAGAAACAACUGCAUCAUCAUACGAAUGGGCUCUUUGAAAGUUAUCCUGACCCAAGAGUCGCUUUUGGUGCUGGAUUAUCGUGGUUUGAGUCUGGAACGCUGGCUGGUCCUGGAGCUCGGCCCUCAGCUAGCAUCACAGACGCACUCUCUGCCCUUUGAGUUUAGAGCACUGGAGGCCAUCCUGCAGCACAAGGUAAACACAUUGAAAACUUGGUUGGACGAUGUCAAACCGAGCAUACUGGACACCUUGGAGUCGCUCGUGGAUCCUAAAAUCGUUUCUGCGGAUAGAAGUAAGCUGCAUAUUCUGCUGCAGAGCAGCAAGAGCUUGUCUGAGUUGGAAACAGACAUUAAAGUUUUCAAGGAGUCCUUGCUGAAAAUCCUGGACGAGGAUGCGAUGAUUGAGCAAUUGUGUCUUACCAAAUGGACAGAUCCAAGAAUUUUUGAGGAUAGCAAUUUGGCUAUUGACCACUGUGAGGAGAUGGAGCAUUUACUUGAGAAUUACUACAUGCAGGCCGAGGAGCUCGCCAACAAGACCAGAGAGCUCAAGGGACUGAUAGACGACUCAGAGAGUGUCAUCUUUAUCAAUCUGGACAGCCAUCGUAAUGUGAUGAUGCGUCUGAAUCUGCAGCUGACUAUGGGUUCCUUCUCCUUGACCUUGUUUGGGCUCAUCGGGGUGGCUUUUGGAAUGAAUUUAACAACGGCUUUUGAAGAUGACCCUCGUGCUUUCUGGCUGGUAACAGGCUUCAUGUUUUUGGGCAGCGGGUUAAUAUGGCGACGCCUCCUAUCGUUUCUGGGACGGCAUCUGCAUCCCUCAGCGAUUCAAAGAAAUAUAAAACCGCAAGAUACUAAGCCUGGAGUCAGAUGAGGUCCUGGUUUCAACAAAGGAAAAAAAAAAAACAGACCAGAGCCUGUAGCUGUGAA